AUGCCUUCAAAAGGAAGCUCCGAUAAUUCCGGCAAUGGCCAAUGCGCGCAAGGUGCUGGAGGUGGAGGAGGCUCGAAGGGCGGGAUGACGAUGGAAGCUGCCGCGCGGAUUCAAUCCUCCGAAGCCCGCGCGAACGGCGGCAACGUCUCUGCAGGUGGUUUCGCGGCCAGAGCUUCUGCCGCUGCCGCUCACAAUGCUCAAUCCUAG